CUCAAAGGACUUGUUUCCCCGGAGUGGCCAGACGGGCUGGGGGACACAGGAUGGCAGAGCUAACGGGAGUAUCUAACGGGACAUGCGGACGGGCUGAUCUCUUCUAAUAAUUGAAGCGCUGUCUGUGUCAGUGUGAUACCUCGCCAUGCCGCUGGUGAAGAGGAACAUCGAGCCCCGUCACCUCUGCCGAGGGCAGCUCCCCGAGGGCAUCGGCAGCGAGCUGGAGUGUGUGAUGAACAACACGCUCUCUGCCAUCAUUCGUCAGCUCAGCAGCCUGAGUAAACAUGCAGAGGACAUAUUUGGCGAGCUAUUUAAUGAGGCCAACACCUUCUAUCUGCGUGCCAACUCUCUCCAGGACCGCAUAGACCGUUUGGCUGUCAAGGUGACGCAGCUAGACUCCACUGUUGAGGAAGUUUCCCUGCAGGAUAUCAACAUGAGGAAAGCCUUCAAGAGCUCCACCACUCAAGACCAGCAGGUGGUGUCCAAGAGCAGCGUGCCCACUCCUGUCAGAGAGAUGUACAACGUGAGCGACAAACCUCCACCCCUCAACAUCCUCUCAUCAUACAGGGAUGACCACAAGGAAGCACUUAAGUUCUACACCGACCCGUCUUACUUCUUUGACCUGUGGAAAGAAAAGAUGCUGCAGGAUACAGAGGACAAGAGGAAAGAAAAGAGGAAGCAGAAGGAGCAGCGGCGUUGUGUUGAUGGGACGUUACAGAGGGAGGUGAAGAAGGUCCGCAAGGCAAGGAACCGCCGGCAGGAGUGGAACAUGAUGGCUCUGGAUAAAGAGCUGAGGCCAGACCACCGACACACUAUACACAGAGACAGGGGGACGUCCUCUGAGGGCUCUAUGUCACCAGAGAACAGGGGUCAUGGUCCCGAUCAGCACCAUUACCCCAAUGCCAUGAACCACGCUGGCCAUGCCCAUACCUACUCCGGCCCACCCCCCAGCGUCUUGGCUGCCCAGAUGGCUGCAGGACACGCCCCACGGGGGGGCGCUGAACACGACAACCGCAGGAAUAUGAUGGGCUAUCAGGGUGGGACGCUGGGCCGUGCCCACCACCAUCAAGUGCCGAUGUCUCCUCCACCCACCGAGGCCAUGAACGGAGGAUCCAUGUCUCUACCACCAGUGGACUAUAGCAUGGACGGUUACGCAAACACUGGCCCCCCACCACCUCCCCCCGCCCCUCUCAUCCCUUCCUCCCAGACUGCCUUUGCGUUACCACCUGGAGGUCCGAUGCCUCCCGGGCCAAUGGCUGGCGCUGGCGGCUACGCUCCUCCUCCACCACCUGUAUCUGGGGCACAUGCAGCUCCACCCCCUCCUGGUCCUCCACCUCCUCCCAUUCCAGCUGGUGCCUCCCACUCUACCACUCACAAGAUGUCCUCCGCUGCACCCUCCGAAAGCACAGUGGUCAACGAUGCCCGCAGUGAUCUGCUGGCUGCCAUACGUAUGGGCAUCCAACUCAAAAAGGUGCAGGAGCAACAGGAGCAGCAGGCAAAGAGGGAGCCGGUUGGAAAUGACGUGGCCACCAUACUGUCGCGGCGCAUUGCUGUGGAAUACUCCGACUCCGAGGACGACUCGGAGUUGGAGGAGAACGACUGGUCGGAUUAACACAGAGAAAUACCCACUGAAGACACACACACAUAAGGAACGCUCACUGUCAUGUGAUGUCACACACGUUUGAGAGAAUGCCCACUGAACCACACGCAGGUCAUCACUUUGUUGCUGGAAACACACACACACACACACACACACACACACACACACACAAUCACAUGCUGUAUGUUAAUAUAAGCUGAAUGGUCCAAAACUGGAAAUCGGGGGGUGCAUUAACACUGUAAAGAGGAAUAGUUGUAUUAUACUAUAGCGCUGACCACUCUGUGAAACACUAACAUUCAUGAUGAUUGCAUUUCUAAGCAUUGUGAAUACACCCCUGUGGAUGUUUCUCUGCCUAUUAUAACACUAUAGACACCCUGUGAUGGUGCUUAUUCUAUGUAUAGUUACAGCUUGAGAGUUAGAAGAAGUAGCAACUUUCCUCUUGAGCUAACCAAUGUACUGUCUUUUUUAAAAAAUGUUUUUACUCAAACACUUGCAUGGAUCAUGAGGCAAGUUUUUAACGAGUAGGUGACAGUAACGGGCUGAAUGAGCUCAGCGAGAGACUGGUGAAUCUUCAGAAAGUCUUAUUUGUCACAGAUAUGAUAACUGACUGAGCCGUGUGCGUCUGCAUUCGCUCACCACUAUAUGGGGGGGGGGGGUCUGUAUAUGCUAGUGUCAGCCCUGUAACCUUUGGGAAAAAUAAAGUGAUGAAUGAAGGUUU